AGAGCUAAGUACCGCCCCAGAGAAGGCCAGUCGGAGUUGGAUCGGAGACUGUCGUCGACCAUCCGUUACCAGACGCAUCUGAACUGGAGCCGCAGCACAGCAGCUAACCCGUCCUUUCCAUUUAAUUAAUACGGACACUUUUUCAGAAUAUAGUAUUUAUUUAUUUUUCAACCUGUCGUUCAGGUGGACUCUGGAUAGUUGCCUCCCUUCCCCUCACCCUUUCUACCGUGUAAAAGGAACUAAGCCAUGCACCCUCCCCCGUCGCUCCUCUCCCUCCUCCUCCACCUCUCCCUGUACCCCAGUGCAUGCUGGUCCUCCAGGAUCAUCGUAGUCCCUCCCAUCAUGUUUGAGUCCCAUCUCUACAUCUUCAAGACCCUGGCCACAGAACUCCACCUCCAGGGACAUGAUACUUCCUUCCUGCUGUCAGAGGGGCGCCAGGUGCCCCCCUCCCCCCACUACACCUUCCAGCGUUACCCAGGCAUCUUCAACUCCUCCACAGCCGACAGUUUCCUCCAGUCAAAGGUCAGCAACAUCUUCUCUGGUCGUCUCACGGCGUUGGAACUCUUCGACAUCCUCGACCACUACGCCCAGAACUGCGACGCCGUUGUGGGAAACAAAGAGGUCAUGAGCCAACUCAAGGAUGCCAAAUUUGACCUUUUAUUGGUCGACCCCAACGAGAUGUGUGGGUUCGUGAUUGCUCACAUCCUCGGGGUUCCCUACGCUGUCUUUUCCACGGGCCUAUGGUACCCAGCGGAGGUCGGGGCUCCUGCCCCUCUCUCGUACGUCCCAGAGUUCAACUCUCUCCUCACCGAUCAGAUGUCUCUCGUCGUCCAGAGGAUUACCAACACUGCGGUGUACCUGGUGUCCCGGUUCGGGGUUCAGUACCUGGUGUUACCGAAGUACGAGCGCAUCAUGAGGAGGCACGGCGUGGAGCCGCGGGUGGCCAUGCAGGAUCUGGUUCAGGGGAGCAGGCUGUGGAUGUUGUCCACUGAUCUGGCCCUGGAGUUCCCGAGGCCCACUCUACCACAUGUUGUCUAUGUAGGGGGGAUACUGACCAAACCUGCCAGCCCGUUACCUCAGGACUUUGAGUCGUGGGUAAAUGACACGGCGGAGCAUGGCUUCGUGGUCGUAUCGUUUGGCGCCGGGGUCAAAUACCUCUCAGAGGACAUCACUCACAAACUGGCUGGAGCCCUGGGCAGGCUGCCCCAACGCGUGGUCUGGAGGUUCUCGGGGGUUCCGCCCAGUAACCUAGGCAACAAUACCAAGUUGGUGGAUUGGAUGCCUCAAAACGACCUGUUGGGCCAUGCCAGAACAGUAGCGUUCCUGUCCCACGGUGGUCUGAACAGUAUCUAUGAAGCGAUGUACCACGGUGUGCCUGUCGUGGGCCUACCUCUGUUUGGGGACCACUACGACACUAUGACCCGGGUGGAGGCUAAGGGGAUGGGCAUCAUGGUUCACUGGAAGAGUAUGACAGAGGAGGAGCUGUACCAGGCACUGGCCACUGUUAUCAACAAUAACAAGUAUCGUCAGCGUGCCCAGGUGCUCUCUUCCAUCCAUAAGGACCAACCAGGUCACCCGGUGACAAGAGCUGUCUAUUGGAUAAACUACAUCCUCCGUCACCAUGGCGCCAACCACUUACGAUCCUCUGUCUACACUGUCCCCACCUACCAGUACUUCCUAUUGGACGUUGUGCUGGUCGUAGGGGCGGGGCUGGCCCUGAUUGGCUACCUGUUUUACAGGAUAGCAGCGCUACUAAGGUCAAAGGUUAAGGUUCAGGAGCGGGGGGGAGAGGUGACCCACGGUGACGGCAACGACAAGGCAAACGGACAUUGCCAUAGCAACGGAGCGGUCGCUAAUGGGAAGCACAAACGUAACGGAGCGCCGGUGAAGAACGACAAGAAGCAGAAGUAAAGGGGGCGGAGACUCUGUUCUGGGGUCAGAGGUCGGAGAGGAAGCUGAUCCUACUGUAGAGAUUUAGGGUUUAGGGGAGAACAGAACACUCCUCGUUCUGGGAGACUGCAGAAAGACAGGGAUGAGAUGUGUGCGUGUGUGUGUGUUUGUGUGUGGUUCGUUUCGUGGGGAGGGAGGAGGGUUUACAACCAAUGCUUACAAAACAACAACAAUCACCAAGGAGCUGGAAAGUCCAAAAGUCCCCUCCCUCUCCCCCUCCUCUCUUUCUUCCUCUCUCUCUCUCUCCUCUCCUCCUCUCUCUCUCUCUCUCUCUCUCUCUCUCCCCCUCUCUCCUCUCCUCCCCUCUCUCUCUCUCCUCUCCUCUCUCUUUCUCUCCCCUCUCUCCUCUCUCUCUCUCUCCCCUCUCUCCUCUCCCCCUCUCUCUCUCUCCUCUCCUCUCUCUCCCUCUCCCCUCUCCCCUCUCUCCCUCCUCUCUUUCUUCCUCUCUGUCUCCCCUCCUUCCUCUCCUCCCCUCUCUCCUCCCCUCUCUCCCCCUCUCUCCUCUCCUCCCCUCUCUCCUCUCCUCUCUCUCUCCCCCUCUCUCCUCUCCUCUCUUUUUCUCUAUCUGUCUCUCUCUCUCCCUCUCUCUCCUCUCCUCCUCUCUUUUUUCCUCUCUGUCUCCUCUCCUCCCCUCUCUGCUCUCCUCCUCUCUUUCUCUCUGUCUCUCUCUCCUCUCCUCCUCUCUCUCUCUCUCUCCCCCCUCUCCUCUCCUCUUCUCUCUCUCCCCCUCUCUCUCUCUCCUCUCCCUCCUCUCUCUCUCCCCCUCUCUCCUCUCCUCCCCUCCCCUCUCUCCCUCCUCUCUUUCUUCCUCUCUGUCUCCCCUUCUUCCUCUCCUCCCCUCUCUCCCCCCCUCCCUCCUCUCCUCCUCUCCUCUCUCGUCUCAUCUCUGGAAUGGAAGGAUGAAGAAGAGGGUCUCUGAACAACACCAACUAUGUUAAACUAUGUGUUUUUGAAGGAGUUUUUGAAGGAGAAUCGCUGCUCACCAAGCGACUGUGGUUAAACAUGUAUUUAUUAUGUAUAACAACAACACGCUAAGCCAUUCUUUAAUCAGAUUAUAUUUUAUUUAUUUUAUUUCACUCAUCAAUCAGUUAAACUGCAGUGUACAGUACAUCCUAACAGGGUUUGAACGAUACCAGAUGUUAUGUUGGUAAGAUAUACAGUAUAAUUAGAUAUAAUAUCUGUCUCUCUGUCUGUCUGCUUCCCUCAUUCCCUCUAUACUGUCCCUAAUAGCCCCAAACCCUUAUUCCCUCUAUACUGUCCCUAAUGGCCCCAAACCCUCAUUCCCUCUAUACUGUCCCUAAUGGCCCCAAACCCUCAUUCCCUCUACACUGCCCCUAAUGGCCCCCUAUUCAUCCCCUCAUUCCCUCUAUACUGUCCCUAAUGGCCCCAAACCCUCAUACCCUCUAUACUGUCCCUAAUGGCCACAAACCCUCAUUCCCUCUAUACUGUCCCUAAUGGCCCCAAACCCUCAUUCCCUCUUUACUGUCCCUAAUGGCCCCAAACCCUCAUUCCCUCUAUACUGUCCCUAAUGGCCCCAAACCCUCAUUCCCUCUAUACUGUCCCUAAUGGCCCCAAACCCUCAUUCCCUCUACACUGUCCCCAAUGGCCCCAAACCCUCAUUCCCUCUAGACUGUCCCGAAUGGCCCCCUUUUCCUCCCCUCAUUCCCUCUAUACUGUCCCUAAUGACCCCAAACCCUCAUUCCCUCUAUACUGUCCCUAAUGGCCCCAAACCCUCAUUCCCUCUAUACUGUCCCUAAUGGCUCCAAACCCUCAUUCCCUCUAUACUGUCCCUAAUGGCCCCAAACCCUCAUUCCCUCUACACUGUCCCGAAUGGCCCCCUUUUCCUCCCCUCAUUCCCUCUACACUGUCCCUAAUGGCCCCCUAUUCCUCCCCUCAUUCCCUCUACACUGUCCCUAAUGGCCCCAAACCCUCAUUCCCUCUAUACUGUCCCUAAUGACCCCAAACCCUCAUUCCCUCUAUACUGUCCUUAAUGCCCCCAAAUCCUCAUUCCCUCUAUACUGUCCCUAAUGGCCCCAAACCCUCAUUCCCUCUAUACUGUCCCUAAUGACCCCAAACCCUCAUUCCCUCUAGACUGUCCCUAAUGGCCCCAAACCCUCAUUCCCUCUAUACUGUCCCUAAUGGCCCCAAACCCUCAUUCCCUCUGUACUGUCCCUAAUGGCCCCAAACCCUCAUUCCUUUUAGACUGUCCCUAAUAUUUUAAUAGGGGCCAUUAGAGAGGCAGAUCUAUAUUUUAACAUAGGAAAUAGGGGCCAUUAGAGAUAGGGGCCAUUAUAUUUUAAUAACUUGUUAUAAUGAACAGUAGGUGAUUGGUUGAAGCAGAGCAAAGCAACCUGUUCGUUUGUUGUCAUAGUAACCAGCGUCUAUUUUGACGACUGUAUUCUGAGGGUUUGACGACCUGUUGGAGACUGUUUCCCAAGUUGUUGGUUCACACCAGGUCACACACCGACAAAACAGAUCACACUGGAUCAAACUAGAUUGUACUGGAUCAUACCGGAUCAAACCGGAUCACACCAGAUCAUACCGGAUCAAACCGGAUCACACUGGAUCACACUGGAUCGUACUGGAUCAUACUGGAUCACACCAGAUCAUACCGGAUCACACCGGAUCGUACCGGAUCAUACCGGAUAAUUCGGAUCAUACCGGGUUCUAGAGCAAGCUGUAUUAAUAAACCGACUUGACUGACAAUUCUCUAACCAAUCAGAGGAGAGGAAGAGGCGGGACAAUAACCAACCAGGACAUUGAUGUCCUUUAGAAAAUUAAAAGUUUCCAGAAGAAACUCUAGGGUAUUUUGUCCCAAAUGGCACCCUAUUCCCUAUAGGGCUGUAGUCAAACGUAGUACACUAUAUAGGGAAUAAGGUUUUCAUUUAGGAUGCGACCCUAGAGGUCUUUGACAGUGGUCGUCCCCUCUCUAUGAGCGCUGUGUGUGUCUGCCUCGCCUUGGAAUAAGACUGGCAUACUUGAAACAUCUUCAUCAUCUUCAUCAUCUUCAUCAUCAGCAGCAGUAGAGCCAGGGGCAGGCAGCCAGGUCACAGACCAUGACUAGAGAAUGGAGACAAGGGAAAAAAAUGUUUUUGUGAAUUCAUCUCUUUACUUUUUGUAAUGAUUUCAUUAUUAAUGAUGUCUGUCUAUCUCCUUCCUCUGUCUCUCUCUCCUUCCUCUGUCUCUCUCUCCUUCCUCUGUCUCUGUCUCUCUCUCCUUCCUCUGUCUCUCUCUCUGUCUCUCUCUCUCUCUCUCUGUCUCUCUCUCUCUCUCUCUCUCUCUCUCUCUCUCUCGGUCUCUCUCUCUCUCUCUGUCUCUCUCUCCUUUCUCUGUCUCUCUCUCCUUCCUCUGUCUCUCUCUCCUUCCUCUGUCUCUCUCUCUGUCUCUCUCUCUCUCUGUCUCUCUCUCUCUCUCUCUCUCUGUCUCUCUCUCCUUCCUCUCUCUCUCUCUUUCUCUCUCUCUUUCUCUGUCUCUCUCUCUCUGUAUCUGUCUAUCUCUGUCUCUCUCUCUCUGUCUCUCUCUGUCUCUCUCUGUCUGUCUGUCUGUCUGUCUGUCUGUCUGUCUGUCUGUCUGCCUGGCUGGCUCUCUCUCUCUGUCUCUCUCUGUCUCUCUCUCUCGGUCUCUCUGUCUCUCUCUCCAUACUCUGUCUGUCUGUCUGUCUGUCUGUCUGUCUGUCUGUCUGUCUGUCUGUCUGUCUGUCUGUCUGUCUGUCUGUCUGUCUGUCUGUCUGUCUGUCUGUCUCCCUUUCUCUCUCUGUCAGGUUGUAGCUAAAGGUUCAGUAAUGACUUCACUAGAGUCCACCUGACCUGGUAUAAUGUGUUUUAAUAUUAGAAUAUUUAAAUCUUUACAUUUAUUUUUGACACUGAUUUUAAAUUAACUUGUCUGUCAGGGUGUGAAACCAUGUUGUAAAUAUAAACAUGUAAACAAACAACAGCUAAAUAAACAUUUGUUUGCAGCA